AUAUUCAUCAGGGUACUCUACCCGGUCCCGGUUGGACACUUGGACAGCCCAGCAGCCAAUGGCGUUGGUAUAAAACACAGGUCGCAUCGCCGCUACAAGUCGCGCGCACACGAUACCAUUAUAUUCCAUGGACCACGACGCGUCACGGCAAGAAGCGGCGGCGGCCGUGUGGCGCGGCACGGUGCGCGCGGUGGCGUCGGGGCCGACGCCCGACGAGGCGUGGGCGCUGCUGGGCGACUUCUGCUCGCUGCACCGGUGGGUGUCCACGGUGCGGGCGUGCCGGCGCGUGGAGGUGGAGGGCGCGGCGGCGGCGGAGCCGGAGCCGGAGGGGCGCCCCGCCCCCGGCUGCGUGCGCUACUGCGAGGGCCCCGUGAACAUGGCCGCGCCGGGGGAGCUCGUGGGCUGGUCCAAGGAGCGGCUCCUGGAGAUGGACCACGCGGGGCGGUGGUACAGCUACGAGCUGCUGGAGAGCAACAAGGGCUUCGGCAGGUACCGGGCCACCGUGCGGGUGGAGCAUGACCCGGCGGGAUGCGCUGUCAGGUGGUCGUUCGAGGCCGACCCGGUGAAGGGCUGGACGCUCGACGGGUUCCUGGGGUUCCUGGAGAAACUCGCGCGUGGCGUCGCCCAGCGGCUCCAAGAGGAGAUCAUGGUGAAGCCGUGAAGUCGCCUAGGAUUGGUUUGUGGCCGCGCGUUCGUUUACACUUAUUUUCAAUCCAUAUGGAUAUGGAUUGAAGUGAAUUGAUACAGAUUGAAAGAUAUUUUGAUUUACUA